CUGGAGGUAUCAUGUACGACACAGGAGGAAUGAAAACCCAGGCCCAGGAUUCUAUAGUGUAAUUCAUCAGCCUGCCAUUCUCAUGGUCAGAGAAAGGAACUGGAUACUUCCCUGCACUGGUCGCUACGACAUCAACGAUUCCCUCAUCAAGGUGUCUCCCAAGGGUACAACUUCUUGCUUCGAGUCAAAGACGUCCCACCUAGCAAGGCUGGACGGAUUUACUCCAGAGCCUGCAAUGUAUCAGCCACAUAAACCUACCGAGGAAGCAAAGAAAACACCGUUCAG